CGUAUCAAAUUAUUUUAAAAGUAAAUUCUUUCUUUGCAAGAAGUGCAAAAUGAAGUUGUGCAUUUUACUUGUUUUAGGAGUGAUUGUAUGCAAUUUAUGUGCCAUCAAUGGCUUUAGAAUGAAAAGACAGAUAGAUGACUUUUGCGGUUUGCCUGUAAAACUUCGAAGUACUAUAUGGAAUUGUAUCGAGUCGCAACUUUCCUUUAAGGAUAGGCAAACGUAUUCAGGUAUUGCCCUGUGUUUUAAUGAAGCUAACUUUGUUGACGUCAUGAAUAGAAUGUGUGGCAAAACAGAAGAUGAGAUUGAUGCAAUGGUAGAACUGCAUGAAGAUUGUUUGGAAGAGCUGGACAUGGAUGAUGAAUCAAAUGAAAUCGAUGCGGACGAAGAAGAGGUAGCGAAUUGUGUUAUAAAUAAUAUGUGAA